CGGUCAUUUUGAGCCGUAGCUGGGUGAUUCCUCGGCAGCGGGGUUGCCGUCUGCUCCCCACCCCCACCUCUACUGCGGUACCACUCCCCUCCGGUUUCCGCGCCCUUGUCCUCCUUCUUGACCCCUCUCGGAUCCCCCCAGGGCCUUCUGUCCCUGACCUCCCGGGCUCGUUGUCGUCGGGAGGUGCGUGGAUGACGGCAGAGAGCCGCCCCGCCCCACUCCCCCCUCCGCACGGCUCUCCGCCAGCCUUCACUCUGCGCCAUUUUCCCGCCUGUGAGGGUGGGUAGGCCGCGCCUGGGGUCUCGGGCACCUGAGUGCGGGUGACCUGGGGAGGAAGGGAGUGAGUGACUCGUGGUGACGGGAAAGAUGAAUGGGAGGACUGAUUUUCGAGAGCCGAAUGCAGAAAUUCCAAGACCAAUUCCCCACAUAGGGGCUGAUUACAUCCCAACAGAGGAAGAAAGAAGAGUCUUCGCAGAAUGUAAUGAUGAAAGCUUCUGGUUCAGAUCUGUGCCUUUGGCUGCAACGAGUAUGUUGAUUACUCAAGGAUUAAUUAGUAAAGGAAUCCUUUCAAGUCAUCCCAAAUAUGGUUCCCUCCCUAAACUUAUAUUUGCUUGUAUCAUGGGAUACUUUGCUGGAAAGCUUUCUUAUGUGAAAACUUGCCAAGAGAAGUUCAGGAAUCUUGAGAAUUCUCCCCUUGGAGAAGCUUUACGAUUGGGACAACCACGACGAUCUUCACCACCUGGGCACUAUUCUCAAAAGUCAAAAUACGACUCAAAUAUGAGUGGUCAGUCAUCUUUUGUGACAUCCCCAGCAGCAGACGACAUAGAAAAAGAGAUGCUUCCUCAUUAUGAACCAAUUCCAUUCAGUGCUUCUAUGAAUGAAUCUGCUCCCACUGGUAUUACUGAUCAUAUUGCGCAAGGACCUGAUCCCAACCUUGAAGAAAGUCCUAAAAGAAAAAACAUUACAUAUGAGGAAUUAAGGAAUAAGAACAGAGAGUCAUAUGAAGUAACUUUAACACAUAAGACUGACCCCUCAGUCAGGCCUAUGCAGGAAAGAAUGCCAAAAAAAGAAGUCAAAGUAAACAAAUAUGGAGAUACUUGGGAUGAAUGAAAAAUUGCAUCAUUGGACCUACUGAAGGAGUUUCAAUAUCCAGCUUCAUCUAGGUGGUCAUGAAUAUCUGCAUGCUUUGAGCUCAGCAGCAGUCUUCAUAAACACAUUUACAACUAGAACCUGGGUUUUUGUGGUUUGGCUUACAAAGUGAUGCUUUAGAAACAUUUUAAUGUUAAUAUUUUGUGAAUGUAUUCACCUUGGGGAACUACAUGAAUGAUGGUAUUAUACCGUGAUUAUAUGCAAUUUGUGAAAUUGUUUUAAGUUACAGGGCAAAGAUACUCUCUUACAAAACUAUCAAGAGAUUGUAAUGCUCUGGAAUCAGCAUAUAUGAAAGUAAAUGAUCUUGCAUGUUGAAUUGGGGUGGGUGUGGGGAGCAAGCCUAAUUUUGAGUAUUAAGCUUUACAUCAAAAAGCUAUUAAGCCUUUCUUCAGUGUUUGCUGUAUUAAUGUUUAUGGUAAAUAAAAUAUAAAGGAACAUG